AUGCCAUGGUGGAAUUUAAAUUUAAUUAUAUUUAUUAAAAAAACUACUUUACCAAAUUGUUUGUUCUUUUUCACCAUCCGCCCCUUCCCAUUCUUCGCUUAUCCUCUUCGGCCAGAAACCCCACCUCCAUUCCACCUCAACUCAAAAUCGUUGACGACUCUCAAUCGACGACAAUUGGAGAACCCAACAAAUCCAAUCGACGAGAACCCUGCAAAACCAAUCGAUGAGACCCUGCAACGAGAAAGCAACCUCUGUUGUUUUCCCCGUCGCACCAGCAACUACUCCAUAAGUCAGAAUUCGGAGCUAGCACAUAGCGUGGAGGAUUUUUCAUCUGAAAUCGGCUACGAGAAGCCCAAAAAUCGAACCCCGAGGAACCACGAAUCGCAACUGCGUCUAUUUUUCCUCCUCUUUCCUCGUCAGUGCUUGUCACUGUCGCCGUCCGCAAGUCUUACCCUCUCCUCUGUUGUAGCUUCUGGGUUCGUCCCUAUCCCGCAUGUAUUGUUGGACUCGAGGCAAUUUCUCCAAUUUUUCUUCAGUAGUUGCAGAUCUGGAUUCCCUUCCCGUGAGCCCAUUACCACCGAGCUUUGA